UGCAAAAUUUUCAUCAGUCGUUCGUCUCCGGUCAAACAAGAAGCAUCACUUGAAGAAACUACAAGAAAAGUCAAAUCGCUCGUAGAGUUAUCGAUCGUGUAACAGAAGGCUUCAAUUCAUCGUUUAUAUUUCGUGUUAAUUUAUUGGAAUAUUGUUUCUGGAAGUUUUUUUUGUGUUCACGAACGUCCAACUACUACGCAAGCAAGCUCUUAUCGCAAGUCCCUGCAAUACCGAAGCGCUCUGGAAUAUUUUAUAUAAGCGGUCAACUGCAGUCGAACGGACUUCAUUCUCCUUUCUGGAAUCGCUCCGGGAAUAAGUGGUGCUGAAGAAUAAACGGUCAAUUGUGAACUGUGGUGAAUAAAAGAAUCUGUCAUCUGCCUGGAAGGUCUAGAAGAUUUUUUUGUGAAAAAUUGAAUCGAUUCAAGAACAGGAAUGGAGCACGUAAACGGAAACAGUGAAAAGGAGAUUAGAGUGUGGUGUGAUGGCUGUUACGAUAUGGUGCAUUUUGGCCAUGCCAAUUCUCUCCGACAGGCCAAGGCUCUCGGCCACAAGUUAAUAGUUGGCAUCCAUAAUGACGAAGACAUUACCAAAAACAAAGGCCCGCCCGUGUUCACCCAGGAAGAACGGUACAAAAUGGUGCGCGGCAUCAAAUGGGUCGAUGAAGUCGUGGAAGAUGCUCCAUACGUAACUACGCUGGAAACCCUCGACAAAUACAAGUGUGAUUUUUGUGUGCAUGGCGACGAUAUUACCCUAACAGCGGAUGGCGUUGAUACGUAUCACUUGGUUAAAACGGCUGACCGAUACAAGGAAGUUUCGCGAACGGCUGGAGUCUCCACGACGGAUCUUGUUGGUCGAAUGCUGCUGAUGACCCGCAAUCAUUUUAAACAAGGUGAUCAAGAAUAUAGCGUCGAGAAAGAUGGCUCAUCCAAGCUGGGCCAGGAUCACUCGGCGCGCAGUCCCUGGACCGGCUGCUCGCAGUUUCUUCCAACGACCCAGAAAAUCAUCCAAUUCAGUGACGGCAAAUCGCCGAAGCCUACAGAUAAGAUCGUGUACGUUGCGGGAGCGUUUGAUUUGUUCCACGUUGGACAUUUGGACUUCCUGGAGAAGGCAAAAACAUACGGGGAUUAUCUGAUCGUAGGACUUCACACUGAUCCAGUGGUGAAUGUGUACAAAGGAAAUAACUACCCCAUUAUGAAUUUGCACGAGCGGGUACUCAGCGUCCUGGCCUGUAAGUACGUUAAUGAGGUUGUGAUCGGUGCGCCUUAUUCCGUAACCAAGGACUUGAUGGAGCACUUUAACGUGGAUUUGGUUUGCCACGGACAAACUCCAAUUGCGUCGGAUGUGGGUAAUAUUGAUCCAUACGCUGUUCCCAAGCAAAUGGGCAAGUUUAUGCUGAUCGAUUCUGGGAAUCCCAUUACCACGGAGGAUAUUGUCGAGCGGAUCAUACGCCAUCGACUAGAGUACGAAGCACGCAAUGUUAAAAAGGAAAAGAAAGAAAUUGAAGUAUUCGAAGCAAUGCAGCGAGUGAAGCUGGCGGAAAAGUGUGGUUGACCAGAUAAUUAACGGGCCACAUAACUAAUCAUUUUUAUGGGAGGCAAUCAACUGCAGCUUAGGGUACACCACUUAUCUCGGUCCACAAUUUCCCAUGUUUGGUUGUUGAUUCUAUUUUCGAUGUUAUCGAAAUUGCAGUCAGGGCAAAUAUUUACAACUUACAAAAUCCCGUUUUGACCAAGACACAGCCUGUAUGAUGUUAUGUUGUGUAAGUGGUAGGAAUAAGAUUUCAGCCCACACUUGUUUGUUUAAGCAUCAGUUAUUCUAUAGAGUUUUUUUUUCGUUUUUUUCACGCACUGAUCUGUAAUUCCUAUGUUGUAUGUAUGUUUUAGUGCAGAGAAUUUUAUCAACAAAUCGCGGUAGGAAUUGAAUCAUUGUGUUUGCGGAAUUUUUGGAACAAGAUUUUUAAUUAAUAUAUUCAUGUAAGAAUCUCCAUUCUACUGACUUCUUUCAUCGAGAAUGACGAUUCCAGAGAUAGAGGUAUAGAAAAGCUUUAAGUUUAUAUAAAACGAAACGGGUUGAAAAAUCGGUGGAAAAAUCAGAUUGUUUAUUUUUAGAGAAUGAUUUGUUUUCUUCAAUAUGGAAACUAGAUUGGUACUUUGAUUUUGAAAAGAUUGUGUUCGGUUUCAGAAGAAUAAUGCAAUUCUAUUUGCAUAUAAAAUAAUAGAAAAUAAGACCCACUAAAUGUGUACAUAUUGUAUGAACUAUGCUAUGAAAUUUAGAUUCGUGAGAUACGACGGACGGAGGCGCAGUAUGUUUUUAUAAUCGCGUGCUAAUAGUAACCAGAUUUCAAAAACGUCUUGUUCUGAUUCUACUUGUAAAUCACCAUGUACAGCUAAACAUGGUGAAUGUUCAAGUUUGUGUCAAUAGCGUGCAAGAAAACAUGAGCAAAAAUAAUAAUAAACCAAUGCUUUUUUGUUAAACUUGAA